AUGGCCCGCUUCAGCUUAGAAGAAUUGCCAGUCUUACCACUGGCUGAAUCCUUUGCACUCACUGCGGCCUACAACUCUGACUCAUUUCCCGACAAGGUCAAUCUCGGCCAAGGAGUCUAUCGUGAUGAGGGUUCCCAGCCAUGGGUUCUACCAAGUGUUCGAUCCGCUGAAGAGCGUCUCCAUAACCAGAAUCUUAACCACGAAUAUCUUCCAAUCACUGGCCAUGCCCCUUUCAAUCAAAAGGCCCAGCAGCUGAUUUUCGGUCGCGAGCUGGCAAGUCACCAUAAUAUCCGCACUAUGCAGACAGUAGCAGGAACGGGCGCAAAUUACCUCGCCGCUCUGUUCUGUGCGCGUUAUAUCCGCCCGAAGAAUGUGUUUAUCUCCGACCCAACCUGGGACAAUCACUAUGGUAUCUGGGGAACUGCCGGCCCAGACGUUACACAAAAGCUCUAUCCUUACUAUGACGCCGUGGCACGGUCCUUCAACUUUGAGGGGAUGAUAAAUGAGCUUGAAAAUUCAGCAGAGGAAAACGAUAUUGUGGUUCUGCAUCCUUGUGCUCAUAACCCAACAGGACAUGAUCCGACGCAUGAUCAAUGGAAAAAGAUCGCUGAACUCGUAGGACGAAAGCGUCUCUUUGUUGUUUUUGACAGCGCCUACCAGGGUUUUGCCUCUGGUGAUCCCGAUGCAGAUGCAUGGGCGAUCCGAUACUUCUACUCGACUUUCUUCAAUCAUUCAUCUCCUUUGUCGAAAAACUCACCAGCUGGUAUGCUCGUCUGUCAGUCAUUUUCCAAGAAUUUUGGUCUUUACGGUGAACGUAUAGGGGCACUGCAUCUUAUCAACCACCCCUCUGUCUCCUCUGAGGGCGCAUACUCGCACUUGGUUCAGCUGGCUCGUUCGGUGAUCUCCUGUCCCUCUUUGUUCGGUGCCAGAGUUGUAGACACCAUUUGGUCUGACUCUGAGCUACGUACACAGUGGGAGAAAGAUGUCAAGACAAUGGCAUCGCGGAUCGAAAGUGUCCGUGUCGCCCUGAAAUCAGAAUUGGAGAAGAUCAACACAAAAGGAGAUUGGUCACAUAUCACACGACAGAUCGGCAUGUUUAGCUAUACUGGGCUGUCAAAGUCGCAAAUUCGGAUAUUGAAAGAGGUGCAUCAUGUCUAUAUGCUUGAAAACGGGCGCAUGAGUAUGAGUGGGUUGAAUGGCAAGAAUGUUAAAUAUGUGGCUCGUGCGAUCAAGGAUGUGGUUUCGCAGGCACAAUAA